UGCAUGAGAAAUGGACCCAGGAGCCUCAUACUACAGAAACUACAAAGUUCAAGAUACAAAGUGUUGGGCUCCGAAACUCCUAAUCUGAACUUAGCACCUCAGCCGCUUCUCUGUGUCAGAGUGACUUGGGUCCUGCAGGUUGCCUCGUCGUCCUAGGAAGAUGGCUGCACCUCCGUUUCAAGAGUCUACAUCCUAGGCAAGAGGAAGAAGGAAGUACAUAGAGAGUAUCCUCACACUCCCAGCGAUUUUGGCCUCCCUAUUGAAGGAUCUCUGGGAGAAGCACAAGCCCACAACUUUCACCUACAAACUAUUGCUUACAAGUUAGUCCCUUGGUCUCAGUAUCUACAAGAUAGAAGAGCAUUUUGCAGUAGUCAAGAAAAUUAGGCCUUAUCAGCAGGAAGAAAGAGGGAAUGUGUGAUGCAGAAAUGACCAUCCUUCUCAACCAGAUACCACACAGCCUAAAUUCAGGCUGUUACAAUAUAAUCAAAUUCCAUCAGCCCAGUCACAUCUUAGCUUUAGGAGCUCUGAUCACUGACUUGCAAAUCCAAAAGUGUGUUUUGUGAUCCUAGGCCACAGGAAGAACCAGUUUGUCCCACAGACCUCUUACAGAGAUGGCAUUCACAGUAUAUCGAGAGUCCAGCUUCAGAGAAUACGUACUCCACUGGCAGCACGAAGAAGAAAUACACAGGAAAAUGCAAUAUCGCACAAAGCAGCACCUGAGGACAAAUGAGGACGCUCAGAAACAUGCGCACUGAAAAUGUCCUGAAAAGGGUUAAACAUGUCAAGCAGCACUGCCUCUGGGAACCAGAAAAUUACACUGUUUUAUAACAGAGCCUGAGCCUGGAUGCUGGCGCUUAAAAAUGUGCAUUGUGUGUACUUUUCCUUCCAUUUACACAUUUUUUGACUCUGUGGUAAAAUGUCCUUCUCCUCCAUGUACCCAUAUUCAUGCAAGCAAACGUUACCAGACUGCCACCGUAGCAUUUUAGUUAGUGCACAGCCUUCUCUGUUCACCACAGUAUAAGCUUCUCCCAUUUUAUUCUGCUCAUAUUUCUAUUACGAUAAAAGACUUAAGCCAAGUAAAUAUGUAGAAAUACAUACAUACAUACAUGUACACGCAAGAAUGAUUCAAACAGAUAAACACAGAGAAACACAAACCCUGAGGGAAGUGGGGCUGGAAAUUUUCUUCAAUCUGUACAAUGUACUUUCAGUUUUCAUUUCAAUCUUCCUCAGUGGUUUCCACCGAGCAACUGAUGAGAAACAUCACAUCUGAGCCAAUCAAAAAACUAACUUCCAAAAAGAUUGUUCCAGUUCCUCAUGGUGACCAGCCAGCCUCUGCCUCCUUUUUCCUCUCUUCCAAAUGGGAGACUCAACCAUAAUAGAAAGAAUGGAGACCUAUUAACUGCCUUUCUUCAGUGGGCUGUGAUUUUCAGAAGUGAAUGCUAAGAGCACAGAUGAAAAUGGCAAGUUCCCUGGCCUUUCUUCUGCUCAGCUUUCAUGUCUGCCUCCUCUUGGUCCAGCUGCUCACUCCGUGCUCAGCUCAGUUUGCUGUGCUUGGACCCCCUGGGCCCAUCCUGGCCAUGGUGGGUGAAGACGCUGAUCUGCCCUGUCACCUGGUCCCGACCAUGAGUGCAGAGACCAUGGAGCUGAGGUGGGUGAGUUCCAGCCUCAGGCAGGUGGUGAGCGUGUAUGCAGCUGGAAAGGAAGUGGAAGACAGGCAGAGCGCAGGGUAUCGAGGGAGAACUUGGAUUCUACGAGACGGCAUCGCUGCAGGGAAGGCUGCUCUCCGAAUACACAACGUCACAGCCUCUGACAGUGGAAAGUACUUGUGUUAUUUCCAAGAUGGUGACUUCUAUGAAAAAGCCCUGGUGGAGCUGAAGGUUGCAGCACUGGGUUCUGAUCUUCACAUUGACGUGAAGGGUUACGAAGCUGGAGGGAUCCAUCUGGAGUGCAGGUCCACUGGCUGGUACCCCCAGCCCCAAAUACAGUGGAGCAACGCCAAGGGAGAGAACAUCCCAGCUGUGGAAGCACCUGUGGUUGUGGACGGAGCGGGUCUGUAUGCAGUAGCAGCAUCCGUGACCAUGAGAGGCAGCUCUGGGGAGCAGGUGUCCUGCAUCAUCAGAAAUUCCCUCCUCGGCCUGCAAAAGUCAGCCAGCAUUUCCAUCGCGGACCCCUUCUUCCGGAGCGCCCAGCCCUGGAUCACAGCCCUGGCAGGGACCCUCCCUAUCUUGCUGCUGCUUCUCGCAGGAGCCGGUUUCUUCUUGUGGCGACAGCAGAAGGAAAAAAUUGCACUGUCCAGGGAGAUGGAAAGAGAGCGAGAGAUGAAAGAAGAGGGAUAUGCCGCAUCAAUGCUGGAAACAAGCAUUAGAGAGACGCUCCAGGAGGAACUCAGGUGGAGAAAAGUCCAGUACAUGGCUCGGGGAGAGAAGUCUUCAGCCUAUCAUGAAUGGAAAAUGGCCCUCUUCAAGCCUGCGGAUGUGAUUCUGGAUCCAGACACGGCAAACCCCAUCCUCCUUGUUUCUGAGGACCAGAGGACUGUGCAGCGUGCCGAGGAGCCCCGGAAUAUGCCAGACAACCCUGAGAGAUUUGAGUGGCGUUACUGUGUGCUUGGCUGUGGAAGCUUCACGUCAGGGAGACAUUACUGGGAGGUGGAGGUGGGGGACAGGAAAGAGUGGCAUAUAGGUGUGUGUAGUAAGAACGUGGAGAGGAAAAAAGGUUGGGUCAAAAUGACACCUGAGAACGGAUACUGGACUAUGGGGCUGACUGAUGGGAAUAAGUAUCGGGCUCUGACUGAGCCCAGAACCAACCUGACACUUCCUGAGCACCCGACGAAAGUGGGGGUCUUCCUGGACUAUGAGACCGGAGAUGUCUCGUUCUACAAUGCCGUGGAUGGAUCUCAUAUCUACACCUUCCCACAUACCUCCUUCUCCGAGCCUCUGUAUCCUGUUUUCAGAAUUUUGACCUUGGAGCCCACUGCCCUGACCAUUUGCCCAGCACAGAAAGGAGUAGAGAGUUGCCCGGAUCCCGACCUAGUGCCUGAUCAUUUCCUGGAGACACCAGUGGCCCCGGGCUUAGCUAAUGAAAGUGGGGAGCCUCAGGCUGAAGUAAUGUCUCUGCUUCUCCCUGCCCAGCCUGGAGCUGACGCCUCCCCCUCCACAGCAACCAAGCAGAACCAUAGACUGCAGACAUACACUGAAGCACUUGGCUGAUUCUCAUUCAAUUAUUCAUAUGACAGUUGUUUGAGUUUGGUACCAACUUAUUGUCCGCUUAUACAGACAAGGAAACUGGGGUGCAGAAAAGUGAAUUCGCUUUACAAAGUAGACAUGACUAGUGACCAACAGAGCUGGGAUGCGUUCAUCAGUGACUGACAGUAGAGAAUUUUAAACGUUCUGGGUGCUGUGUUAGGAGCUUUGGUGGGUGUCACUCUUUUCAUCCUCACAGCACCCUGUCAGGUAGUCUCAUUUUUCGAGUAUGGAAGCUGAGGCAGCGUGACAUUAAGUAACCUACAUAACUCAUGGUAAUUUAUGCAGCUGGGGGACGUUCAGCCUCAGUCCCUGGCCACUUGCCCAUUCUUUUCCAGCCUGAUUCUUCCCCCGUGGGAAGAACUCAGCUGUAGCCCUGAGGUUCCCUUCCCAGGAAGGCUCCAGGGUGGGGAUCAUUGCAGGUGGUUGUGGGAUUGACAACCCUAUUGACUCCUCUCCAGCUGAUGGUCAGAGCCUGAGACCCAGCACUCCUUGGAUUAGCUCUGCCAAGUGUCUUGGUUGAGAGAAUAACCUCAUGGUACCCACAUGACACGUGACUUGGAAAGAGACUGGAGGCCACACUCAGUAAAUAACUGAUGUGCCUGCCCAACAACUGUGCUGAGUGAGCAUGCAGCCAGAGCCUGGCUUCCUACAGUCAGGGUUUCCAGGCAGAGCAAAUACCCUGAAGAUUCUCUGUGAUGCAGGAAAUUUGGAUCAAGGAAACUAGAAUUACAGGGAUGUCUUUAAUCCCACUGUGGACUCGCUCUCCUGGACAGGGGUCUGUCCACCCCCCAUCAUUGGUGGGUGUUAAACCCAUAUUCCUUUCAACUGCUGCCUGCUAGGGAAACUGCUCCUCAUUAUCAUCACUACUGUUGCUCCCCUCUGUAUCCCCUCUACUUGGCAUGUGCUUGUCAAGUCCUGGUUGUUCAAUAAAUUUGUUAAAUAAUGCU